AGCUUCUGUACAAAUGUUAAUUUUUUUUCGAGUUGUUUCUAGUGCUUUCCAUGAGGUGGCGUUCUCGUUAAAAAAAAUCGUCAUGCAGGGAAAUGAAACUGAAAGCAAAACGCUGACUUCCUCCCUGCUGCUGAACCGUCUUCAGCUGGAAAUUCAUUCAAACGUUCAAGUCAUUGGUGAUGGAUGCCACAGGGCUCUCAGAGACUCUGCAGCAUCAGAGUAAACUGAUGGAGACCAUCUCCAAACUUCUCAACAAUAAUCAACUCAGUGACAUCAAUUUGGUGGUGAACCGUAAGCUUGCCCUGAAAGCUCAUAGAUUUGUCUUGGCUGUGCACAGUGAUGUCUUCAAAUCCAUGCUCGACAGUAAACACUGGCCUGAUUCUGUAGACCAUGUUGUCCACCUUACUGAGGACGAAGACUGUCUUGCCCACUUUGAAGAAUUUGUGAGUUACCUCUACAGUGGGACAAUCACACUCAACACUGAGAAUGUGCUACCCCUUCAUGUUUUAUCAGAGAAGUACAAUGUCCAGGAGCUGAGAGAAAGCAGUCAGAGCUUCAUGUUAGCUAAUGUGACAUCCCCAAGCACUUAUAACCAUACCAUUACUUGGCACAAAUAUGCCAACCUGAUUGGCCUUCGCCAACUGGAAGAAGAAUGCCUUAGAUUUAUAACCUGGAAUACCAACACUGUGAUCAAGUCACCAGACUGGACACUGUUAGAACCAUAUCAACUCUCUGCACUGCUCCAAAGAUCCGACAUGGUGGUUGAAGAUGAAGUGGUCCUUUUUCAAGCCCUGGUGAGUUGGCUCUCACUGCAUCCAAACCAUGCUGAGGAAAUGUUGGCCCAUAUUAGGUAUCCGAUGAUGCCUCCUGAGAAACUGUUUGACCUGUUAAGCCCGGGAAGCCUACCUGACAGCAUUGCAUCCUAUCUCUGCCGGGAAAGCCUGCUGGUCUACCAAGCUCAUGUCUUAUCAAUGGAAACCAUUAGCCAACGCAACAAUAUUGCUGCCAAUCCUUUACCAUGAGGAUUUACACUUCAGAAAGGUUCAGCCAAUUUUGGGACAUCUCGGGAUAUAAAACAAUGAAUAAAAUUGCUCUUAGUAAACGUUUAUCUACAAGACAUUUCCACCUGAAAACUGAAUGGAAUGUCAACUAUUCUCCAAAAGGUCAACAGAUUUUAAACUACACAUGCAAUAAAUAUCUUCCUCAUGUUGUGCAAGAAGAUGACUUUUCGACAUAACUGUCCGGCUGGGAAGCUGUGAACCAGGAGACAUGAAGCACACUCACAAGAUAUGUGUCCUGCUCUACCAGUUUAUCAAUAGUCAGUGGUUUGUGGGUGACAUCCAGACCCUUGAGGUUCCACAUAUAGGGGAAGCUAAAAUAAAUGAUCUGAUCCCCUUAUCAAACAGGGACAGAUACAUUAGUAAUGACACCAUGAAGGUGCAUCUCAUCACUCAAACCAAUUGGGAAAAUGAAGAAGAAAUAUAGUGAAGUAUCAUAUCCAACUCUUCGGUAAUGCACUUUAAAAUGGACGAGGCAUUUCAGUUAUGCUGAGAGAUUGAGGAGGUUAGGAUUGUUUUUUCUAAAGCAGAUAUGGUAAAGAGGAUAUUUCAUAGAAAUGAUCAAUAUUCUGAAGGGUUUUGACUGAUAAAUUGCAAAGGAAUAAUUUCUUUUCACAGAAGGAUGUGGAACCAGACAAUACAGAUUUCAAGUGAUUAACACAAAAACAUGAGGAUUACUAAGACUUUUUUUAUGCAAUUAGUUCUGAUCAGAACUAUAGUGUUUAAAAGAGUGGUAGAAAUAAAAUCAAUAAUAAGGAAUUUAGGGAAUCGGAUAAAUAUAUUAAAUUAAAAGAAAUCUACCUGCUCUUGGCCAAAGAACAGAGGAAUAAGAAUCUUUUGCAAUGAGCAUAGACACAAUGGUUUGGAAAAGCCAGACUCCAAACUGAACCUCAUUCUCAAGUCUCUUUCCAACCAUUGGUUUUUCUGUGCUUCAUAACACUAUUUCUUCAGCCAAGAAUCUUUUAUUCUUUUGUAAAAAUAAAUUUCACAACUUGUCACACCAUCUUGAAAGAUUUGUGUGAAACUUCAUCCAGGAACUUGAAUCAUCUUUGAGACAAGAAUGAACAUAAAGCAGUUGAGAGAAAUCAAUGUAGCAGAUCCUGAUCCAUCAGAAGAUGAAAUGUAAUGUCACCUCAAGGAUUUUGGACAGUACCUGAAUUAAAUGCUGGAGGAAUUGAACUGACUGUUCACAGAAUAUUAGAGAAAUAAAUAUCUUCAAACUGAUCUCUUUAGGGACCAGUGAAUUCUGCCUUCAGAAUGCUGUGUAGCAUAAUUGGAGUUUUAUGAUGGGGCUUCACCUUAUUGGUACCGCACCCCUUCGUGUGGUGAGUGUUGUUCUUGACAUCCUCUUGUACAUUUUUCAAAUAACGUCAAGCCUAAUUUGGACUUAUAGCUAAACCAGACCAGAUAAGUAUGGCAAAGAUACUCCCCUGAAGGAUGUUAAACAGGAUAAUAAGAUCAGCGUCAUUAAGACAAUUUUUUUAUUGUGGUUUUACUUAAUUGAAUUCAUAUUUGCCCAGGCAAAACUGAAACUCUUCUAAGCAGUUGUCAACAACUGUGACUGUUUACACUUCACAUCAAACAAACUCAUGGAUGAGAUACAAGUACCUCGCUCUCUACAUUGCCCCAUAAUUCUUGGCUAGAUAAAAUGGGAGAUGCGGAUUCAAAUACUGCCUGCAACAACCUUUAUAGAUAGGAUAAAAUAGAUUAAAGAUCCUUUUCAAAUGUUCCAUUGAAAGAAUUCUGGAUCUCUUAAGAUAACAAGGAGUAAAAUCAAUGGUUAUUCUGAACAAUCUGAUCAUAUUCUCCAAGGAAAUGUGCAGCACAUUUAGAUAGAGGGUAACACUGUCUCUACAUAGUCCCUCAAGUACUUCUAGGGCAGUCACAGUUUGAGUUAGAUUGAGCAUGUUGAAGACAGAAUGAAUACUCUUCUGGAUGGCAAUGACAACAAAAGGACAUGGAAGUAAUGUCACUUUCCUGCACUGAAAUGGAUGAUCCACCAUGACCCAAGUGAAUCGCAGAGGAAGCUCAACAGGUUGAAUGGCAUAAUAUUGUUCCAAUAGCAUAGAUAAAGAGUAAAACUCUAUCUGUACUGCCCAAACAGUCCCAAGCAAGGACAACACCCAAGUUAAAUACACAGUAGCGCUCCCUUUACAAAGUGGCAUUCAACAUACCCAGUAUCUUCUAUCAAGAUACAAUGCAUAAAGUGACUUUCAUACUGACUACUCACAAAUUUGCUAAUUUGAUAAGGUAUGGAUUAGAUGCUGUUUAAAUUGUUUUAGUUAUAUAUUUGCAUGCAAAGUAACACACAGGGUCACUAAACAGUGAAGAUCACUUUACAACAGUCCAAAAAUGUGCAGGUUAGGUGAAUAGGCCAUGCUAAACUGCCUGUAGUAUUAGGCGAAGGGGUAAA